AUUUUUACGGUGAUACAUGUGUCUCUAUUAAGUGAACAUCACACAAGUUCCUGAAGAUGUCCGCUUAUAACUUUUAUUUUGCUGGUGAUAAUGGUAGGGGAUGUUUGAUUAUUUUUCAGCAAUAUUUUUCUCCCAUUGACACAAGUGGUCAUUCUUUGCUCACAAAUUAUACAUUCAAACAUGGUGUUGAACAGCAGUCUAUCUUGCAUCAAGACAAAACAUACUUAAACGUCGAGGACGCAGAAGAGAAAAUUCGUGCGCCGGCAGCGAUCGCUUCUCAAGCUGCCAUUCUCAAGUAUUUUGUGGAGACCAGACUGGAUCAGACGUUUGAAGGGUUCUUAGGUCAACUGUUAAGUAGCAGUUGCCUCCCUCCAAACCCUUAUCCAAGAUUAGUCUCUCAUCUUCGCGUUGCUUCUGUCAG